CAUCUCACUGCAGCAGUGACUGGGUGUCACGGGAGGUCCAGCACAGUCCUUUGGUGCUGGCUGUGGGUGCAGUGCCAUACAGAAGGAGGCACUCCAUUCUCCCGAGGAGCUUCACACAUCCAGUGCUUCCCCUUCGGUGCCCUUCUUGACCAUACAAACCCCAUCAGCUGAAGCUGUGCUUCCCCUAGAAGAGGUGUGCAGUGCUGAGGAGCAUUGCUGCUGCUGGCAUUUGAAGCCAGUGGGAAUUCUCAGCAUCGCUCAGCAUCAGGUGCUGCCUUCAGGUGCCAGCUUUGUUUUCCAUACACAUGAAUCCUCUGAUGAACUCCAUAAAUCGCUUUAUGUCUCAGCUGGGUCGUUACCCUUCCAAGAAUUUUCUUCUGAAAUGACUUUUCUUCCUAUCUAGGAAUUGUGGGGCAAUUAGUGGGAGCACUAAUCAGUGCAUCAUACCGAGCAGCACACUGAGUUAUGCCUUGCAUUGCAUUUUAGACGAACCCGGUGCCAGCAGUAAGACCUAAAACCUCCAUUUCACUUCUCACAUUACAGGAAGAAAAAUGAGGAAAUAGAAAGAAACAUGUGCACUAUUUCCAGCGAUGCACUGUCUGUAACUCAGGUUUAAAUUUAGUACAACCCUAAUUAAGAAAUGAGCUUUCGUAAAAACGUUUCUGCAUAUAUAACAGCAAUCUGGCUAUUAGCAGAAUGCAAACAGCUCUAGGUGGAUUUUUAUAUAUAUAUAUGAUUUGUAGCUCAAUGUUCACUCACUUAUAGGGAAGUCCCCACCUUAAAGUCAAAAAGAAACGUUUGUUUGACCCAUAUGUGUUACCUCAGCAGCUGCAGCAUCCCAUGCCUGGGGUCGGGGGUAAAGCUGCUGGGUUUCAUCUCUUUGAUGCAGCUGGAGCAAACCCUGCCUGGCUCAGGGCCACCGGUGGAGGUGAUGAGAUCCUUGGUGGCAGCUUUUUGGGGAUGCUGCAGGUGAUGGGAAGAAAAUGGUGAUGCAAAGGCAGGGCCCAGCCUGUUUGCAACCUGUCCCCCCUGCUUCCCUAGGGGGAUGGUGCCGCUGUCCCUGGGCUCAGGGGCACACUGGGCGCUUCCAGAAGGAGUGAGUACAGACUCCUGCUCCCAUUGCCUUUGUCAGUGUGCUUGUCCUGCCUGCAAAAUGAGCACUGUAACUCCUGUGCCAUCCCAGGGCAGUGUCACCUGGCUGCUGGGGCUGGAGGCUGCGCUGUCUCCAGCGAGGGGUGGACUGGGGCUGGGCUGCAGCAGGAAAUGCUGGUUCAAUACAAGCUACAGAGGGUGAACAGUUACAGAUGUGAUUGCAGCACAGCUUCCGUUUUCCUGGGGCUUUUAACUGAAACAGUGCAAGGCGAAGGCAGACGGGAGCAGAGCACAGGGAGGCAGCAGCACAGAGUGGGAGCAGCUAUGGGGGAUGCCUUCAUCCGGCACAUCGAGCUGCUGGGCUAUGAGAAGAGGUUCUUCCCCAGCCAACACUAUGUCUACAUGUUCCUGGUGAAGUGGAAUGACCUCUCUGAAAAGCUCAUCUACCGCCGGUUCACCGAGAUUUACAUGUUCCAUAAAGCACUGAAGGAGAUGUUCCCCAUCGAGUCUGGAGACAUCAAUGCGGAGAACCGGAUCAUCCCACACUUACCAGCCCCCAAGUGGUUUGAUGGGCAGCGCUCAACGCAGAGCAGGCAGGGCACGCUGGCUGAGUACUGCUACACGCUGGUCAACCUGCCCCACAAGAUCUCCCGCUGCCUGCACGUGGUCAGCUUCUUUGAGGUCCGGCCUGAUGACAUGAACCCCGUCACAGACAGCCAGAUCAGGAAGCCCGAGGUGUUCCUCCUGCCCAAAGAUGCAAAGAAAAACGCCAGCGACAUCACAGGCCCCAUCGUCCUGCAGACGUACCGAGCCAUCGCCGACUACGAGAAGAGCUCCAAGCCUGAGAUGGCUCUGAAAGCUGGGGAUGCGGUGGACGUCGUGGAGAAGAGUGAGACUGGUUGGUGGUUUUGCCAGUUAAAGAACAAGCGGGGCUGGGUGCCAGCUGCCUACCUGGAGCCGAUGGAUGGUCCUGAUGAAUCGGAGGAGCAGGAGCCCAACUAUGCUGGUGAGCUGUACAUGGUGCAGAAAAGCUACACGGCUGUGGAGGAGGACGAGCUGACACUCAAGGAGGGUGACACCAUCGAGGUGAUCCACAAGCUGCUUGAUGGCUGGUGGGUCGUCAGGAAUGAUGAAACCACAGGCUAUUACCCCUCCAUGUACCUGCAGAAAUCUGGGGAGGUGAACACCCCUGAGAAAAGUGGGCUGAGGAACCACAACAUUCCCCCCCGGAGAUCCACCAUCCGCAAUGCAAAGAGUAUCCACAACAAGGGACGGAAGCAGAUCAGCCAGGAAACCUACAGGAGGAACAGCAAGAAGUACAUGCAGAACCGGAGGAACAUGAGGGGCAAUUUGCAGAACAAGGACAUCAUCUCUGAGAAAAAUGAGCAAGAAGAGAACAAGUCAAAGGCUCAGCCUGAGGUUCCUCCCCGGCCCAGCAAAGACCUCAUCAUGAACCGCUGCACAGAGAGUACCAGGAGGAAGAUCAUGUGAGGCUCUCAGCCUCCAAACCCUGCGAGCAGAUGCUUUAUCUCUCGUGCAGAGGGGGCACCGAGCCAGGCUGAGGGUCUGCGUGCCUCCCAGAGCAGCUGUGAGCCCAAGCUCUGUGUUAACCCCCCAGCACAGUGGCCCCAAGGUGCCCCAAGGAGCAGUGUGAGCACUUCCACCAGCACCUCUGGGCUCAGCCUUCCCACAGCCCAGGUUUCUCAUCACUAGCAGGUUCGCUUUUAUCCCUUAUUUGUAUUCUGAAUGAUUUUUUUCUUCUGGUUUUUAACAGUUACCAGCAUUGUGCUGAGAGUGCAGCCAGGGCUUCAAUCACUGUGAGAAAACCCUAAAUAACGUGUACAAAAAGCAGCGUAGCAUAAAGAGACACUUUAUACGUGUAUUUCAACGCUUUCACGCUGUGUGUGGACAACUGAUCAAUAAACAAGAUAUCGAUGCUGAACCAAUUCAGUUAAAUAGUGAAAGCUCUCUGGUGAAAGCUUUCUUUGCUCCCUCUAGUGGGAUACUGGGGCUGGAGGUGCAGGUGUGAGGAGUGAGCUGAGCCUCGGGCGGCCAUGAGGUGAAGUUGCUUGAGGGGAAGCGGCCAUGGGGUGAGGAGGCCUUGAAGUGAGGUGGCCACGAGGAGGCGGUUAUGAUGUGAGGAGGCCAGGAGGCUAAGCUGCCCCAGAUGGCGGUGGGGUGUGAGAUGGGGGCAGGGUAUCUCAAAGGACUGCAGGGCUUCGCAUGGCCGUUCCUGCCCCUUCGCAGCCUGAGUGCUGCCAGGUCAGGUGGCCCUUGGCCGUCGCAGAGGGACCCAGCAUGGUGGGGGGUGGCACUGCCACACAGCGGGGAGCAGAACACGAGGGUUAUGUGAGGUGACACCGCAGCCGGCCCUGCUGCGGCGACGCCGGCAGAGUUUGGGCCAAGUU